GUCAUUGGAUCUCGGUCAUUCCCCACCACCUCCACACGCUAGUAGUCUACCGCCCCAGCAGUAACGUUCCGCAGCUCGGCCAUCCAUGCGACGUCCAUCACUACCUACCUUACCUCCACUAUUUGUGUACUGACCUUACGGUACCUUUAGCAAUCAACACCACUCUCAUCAACAAGGUAUCUACUAUCUGUUCGGCGACAACAAUCCGGGACAUCUUGAAAACACCAGAAUCGCACCAUAAUUCCAGCCGGGACUACGCACACCAAAUAUGGACUCGGCUCCCACAGAGCUUGCCGCCACUAUACAGGCUGCAAGCAUCGAACACCAUCCAGAUCCUGCUCUUGAUACCAACCCGCCCACAGCAGCCGAGAGAAGACAACCUGUGACCCUAGAGCACGUCAAGCACGAGCACGACGAUGGAAUCGACGACGAGGAGGAUGAAGAAGAGGACAUCCCCUACAGCGUUCUCCGACCGGCGCCCAGACAUUCCCACCUACCUCCUCUGCCAGAUCUGCGCUUCGAGCAGAGCUAUCUUCGAAGUAUCUCCAAGGCGGAUACAUGGUGGAAGGUGGCGUUGAUUACAACGAGGGAUCAGAUCAUCAUGCCCUUGACCCAGGGCUUAGUGUACAACCUCUUCCUCUGUGGCUGGCAACAUUGGAACAGAAAUGCUCGAUUGCACGGCAACACAUUAGGUGCGCGAGUAAGACGCUGGUGGUGGGGAGUCAACAAUUGGAAGAUACCUACCCAUCCUAAGAGAGGUUGACAAGAUCGGGAGUUGAAAAGACUACACGCAAUACUCAGGAGGCCGAUCGCAUUGCCAUGUAUGAUUUACUAAGCUAAAAAUGACGACAAAUCAUUGUGUAACGUCUGAGAAGCCAGUCCGGAGCGCCUAUCAAAGCGUUUCACCCAGUAUGGGCUUCUGCCACUUCGAAGCCCUGAACAUGAACUUCUUAGUCGGUAGGUGGGUUGACAAAGUCUCUACAUAACUACUGUCUUCUGGUUCUGAGAGUCUGUCCCUUGACCAUUGACUAUAUCACACAUCGCCUGUUUCUUCGCUCCUGAAUGCACCACUCUCAGUGACAUCUGCCUUCAUGAAAGAAUUAGAUAGCAAUACGGUCGUAUAUAGCUUGACAUUGGUAUAAUAACUAAUAUGCCUCGCUAUGCUGACAUACUUGCCCAUCUCAACCCCUCGCUGGGUCAAGAUACUGUUGUCCGUUGGGCUUCCCUUUAAACCUCUAAAGAACCCUGUUCAUGGGCACGCAAGUUCGAUGCCAUCAACACCUUGCUUCUUCUAAUACUGCAUUUCCAUUCCGCCAUAUCGCUAACCUUCUGCGUCGCUGGCUUUUUGCCAUAUAAACCUUAGCUCCCCAACUCCAACAAAAACGUAUAGUGUCAAAUGACCAGCCCCUACUCGUGAUUUGCCCCAACAUCGAGAGGGCGGGGAACAGGUUGCGCAUGCGUCUUUUCUGGGCUCCCUCUAAAAGCCAGAGACGUCGCAUAUAGGGCUGCUGGGCUUGCAUUGUUGCGUUCAGCAAAGUUAGUGUUUGGAGUGGGAGAUUCCUGGGCUGCAGCCUGUGCUUCCUUGUUGGAUGUCGCUUCUGGAGCAUCUUGCAUCUCAACAAGAGGCGAUUCUCCCAAUCGAUGCUCCUCGCCUGUCUUAUCAGAGCUUGGCGUUGGCAGUUUGUUUCCGGCUUGCGAGUUGGGUCCUAGGACGUUCCGCAACUUUGGUGGUGUUACUGAAAGCUUUACAACCAGACUUCGGUUUUUCUCUUCCAGGUCGUCGUCCAUCAUAGCUUCAUCUUCGUCGAAGUCGUCUUCGUCUUCUGAUUCCUCAGGCACGUGCUCAUCAACAUCUUCCUCGUCAUCCCCGAAAUCGGCCUCGCUCUCGUCGUCAGAAUCAUCAGAGGCGUUAUGCCGGGGCCCCUUGUUGUUCUCGGCCCAGCCGGUUGUGCCGUGGUUCACUGCUGCCGAUCGGCGAGGCCGUCCCGUUGGACCAACAGAUUGCUCUCUA